AGUGGCGCCUAACGAACGCGAUCCCGGGAACGGGAUGCGGGUAUAAAGUGGACCGCUCAGGAGAGGAAACCCUGGCCUUUCAUGCUAUUGCUAGUAGGGCGGCCACUCUCCUUCUUCCGACGCCACGCCGAGACAGCAGCUAGGGCUUGCUCUAGUGUUUUGUGGAGCACCAGACGGGGCGUCGCCUCCUCUCCGUCGUUGCCCGUCAUGCCUGGAUUCGAUCCCUCUGAAUCUGACGCUACUCCCGUGGAAUGGCACUCCAAGAGGGUCAGGGAUACGUUCAUCCGGUUCUUCGAGGACAAGAGCCACGUCAAUUGGAAGUCGAGCCCCGUCGUACCUGUCGACGACCCUACCUUGCUCUUUGCUAACGCAGGCAUGAACCAAUACAAACCAAUCUUUCUUGGAACUGUUCAUCCUAACAGUCCAUUGAGUAAACUAACCCGUGCCUGCAACACUCAGAAAUGCAUUCGUGCUGGUGGGAAACACAAUGACCUUGAUGACGUGGGUAAAGAUACGUAUCAUCACACAUUCUUUGAGAUGCUUGGAAAUUGGUCUUUUGGAGAUUAUUUCAAGAAAGAAGCCAUUGCAUGGGCGAUGGAACUUCUUACUGAGGUAUAUCGUCUACCCAAAGAUCGAAUUUAUGCCACUUAUUUUGGAGGUGAUGAGAAGCUGGGCCUUGCUGCAGAUAAUGAAGCACGUGAUAUAUGGCUAACCUUUUUGCCGCCUGGGCAUGUUUUGCCUUUUGGUUGUAAGGACAACUUCUGGGAAAUGGGCGACACAGGCCCUUGUGGACCCUGCACGGAAAUACAUUUUGACAGAGUUGGUAACCGCGAUGCUGCCUCUUUGGUCAACAAUGACGAUCCUACUUGCAUUGAGAUAUGGAACCUUGUUUUUAUUCAGUUCAACAGGGAAAAUGAUGGUUCUUUAAGGCCUUUACCUGCAAAACAUGUUGACACAGGGAUGGGUUUUGAACGCCUUACAUCAAUCCUCCAGAACAAAAUGAGCAAUUAUGACACCGAUGUGUUUUCACCAAUUUUUGAUGCUAUACAGAAGGUGACUGGUGCUCAACCAUACUCUGGGAAAGUUGGAUUAGAUGAUGUGGAUAAAGUAGAUAUGGCUUAUAGAGUUGUUGCUGACCACAUAAGAACACUAUCAUUUGCAAUCGCUGAUGGCUCUCGCCCUGGUAAUGAGGGUAGAGAAUAUGUUCUAAGGCGUAUUCUUCGUCGUGCUGUUCGAUAUGGUAAAGAAGUGCUGAAAGCUGAGCAAGGUUUCUUCAGUGGGCUUGCAAGUGUUGUUGUGAGAGUUAUGGGAGAAGCCUUUCCAGAGCUGAAGCAACAUGAGUCAAAUAUCAUGACCAUCAUCGCUGAGGAAGAAGCAAGUUUUGGGAAGACAUUAGACAAGGGGAUUGAGAAGUUUAAAAAGACUGUUAGCGAAAUCAACGGAAAGAUGUUAAGUGGACAGGAUGCUUUUGUUUUGUGGUCCACAUAUGGAUUUCCCUUGGAUCUGACCCAGUUGAUGGCAGAAGAAAAAGGACUAAAUGUGGAUCUUGAAGGCUUUCAUGUUGCCAUGGAGGAAGACAGGAGAAAGGCCCGAGAUGCACGCAACAAAGUUGUUGGUGAUGCAAUUGUAAUGGAUGCUGAUGCUACCUCUGAAUUGUAUAAGAGAGGGGUUGCUCCAACGGAUGAUAACAGCAAAUUUAUUUGGCAUCAGACCCAUGAGAGUACAAUCAAAGCAAUCUAUGAUGGCAGAACAUUUUUAGAGAGCAUUCCAGCUGGUACUGAAGUUGGUGUUAUUCUUGAGAGCACCAGCUUCUAUGCUGAACAAGGUGGCCAGAUAUACGACACUGGAUGUCUGAAUGGCCCAUCUUGUUCUUUCCAAGUUAGCAAUGUCCAAAUCUAUGGAGGUUUUGUUCUUCAUAUUGGUCUAAUUGUUGAGGAGUCAGGUUCAUUCUCUGUAGGUGAUAAAGUCAACUGUAUGGUUGACUAUGAAAGACGUACACUUAUUGCCCCUAACCAUACAUGCACGCACAUGUUAAAUUUUGCUCUCAAGGCUGUACUUGGUGAUCAUGUUGAUCAAAAAGGAUCUAUUGUCCUACCUGAGAAACUGCGGUUUGACUUUUCCCAUGGUAAGCCAAUCUCUCCAGAAGAUUUGAGAAAAAUUGAGACCAUAGUUAAUGAACAAAUCAAGGAUGAGUUGGAUGUAUUUGCGAGUGAGACGAAACUUGCUGAUGCCAAACAAAUAGCUGGUCUACGAGCUGUCUUUGGGGAGGUAUAUCCUGAUCCAGUUCGGGUUGUAUCUAUUGGCCGUAAAUUAGAAGACAUACUACUUGACCCAGAGAACAAAGAAUGGCUAUCAAUUUCUACAGAACUUUGUGGUGGAACCCAUAUAUCAAAUACUCGAGAAGCAAAAGCAUUUGCUUUAUUGUCUGAGGAGGGAAUUGCCAAGGGUGUUCGAAGGGUAACUGCUGUUACAUCUGAAUGUGCCUUAAAGGCAAUGGAGAUGGCUCAAAGUCUUGAUCAAGAAAUAGAUAAUGUGGCCCAGGCUGAAGGAACAUUGCUAGAGAAGAAAGUGGCUGCCCUCAAGAGCCAGUUGGAUGCAGCAAGUAUUCCUGCUGCCAUGAAAGCAGACUUCAGAGCCAAGGUUUCCCAGUUGCAGGAUCGGAUCAGAAAGGCACAAAAACAAGUUGGUGAAGUAAACUUGCAAAAAGCUAUUGCAAGAGUCGCUGAAGUAGUGGAGGCCACUGCAUCAGAAGGAAAAUCCUUUUGUGUCAUCCGUGUUGAUGUAGGCUUGGAUACAGUUGCCGUCCGUGAGGCAGUCUUGAAUGCCUUGGAGAAAAAGAAGGGUAUAUCAAUUAUGGCAUUUAGCACGGAUGAAGUUUCUAAUAAGGCUGUGGUAUAUGCUGGAGUGCCUCAAUGUGAAGAAACAAAAGGUCUUGCCGUGCUGGAGUGGCUGAAGGCAGCACUGGAGCCCCUUCAAGGAAGGGGUGGAGGUGGCAAAGGUGGACUUGCACAAGGCCAGGGAACUAACGCAUCACGCAUCGAAGAGGCUAUGGAUAUUGCAACAAGAUUUGCGUCAAUGAAGCUAAGAUGAGGGUGAAGGGAAAGCAACAUAUGAUGAUAAUUCAGUUAAGACAUCCACUAAAGAUAUCCAUUAAAUUGUGGCACGGUGGAGAUUCUGUCCUGCAUUGAUUCUUUAUUAUUCGAAAUGGGAUAUCUGAAGUCUUCUGUUCAUGUAUGUCUGUACCAACAUUACUGGGAUAUCGGAAGUCGUCUGUUCAUGUAUGUCUGUACCAACAUUACUGUUCCGUUCUUUAAAUUAAUGAAAAGCAUUAUUGGUUGGCCUACUGAAAACUGAGGCUUAUGA